UGCUGAACACGUGAAGCGAUGACAUGCACUCGACUUAUACGACUUUAGGUUCUUAUCUUCAAAUUGUUGACGUGGAACUCCGCCAGGUAUAUACAUAUUUGCUCGUAAUUUCGAAAAUGGUGGAUACCUGAGCCUGUGUGGGAGUCUGUGCCAGCAGGUGGACGUGUCGGAUGGCCCAUGGACAGCUGAAGACUGAAGAACUGUUGUCAUCAUGAAGUUUUCCAAUCUAUGUGGUUUUGGUUGCAAUUUGAUGCUGUUUUGUCUUUUAACUUUCAUAGUUUUUGUGCCGAUGAAAUUUCAGAAUGAUGAUGCAUUUCAACCACAUUCACCAUUCAAGGAAAUGAAAUUUCAAAGUAAUUUGGGAACUGAAGAAAAUAUAGAAUCUGAUACUGAGAAAGAUGAACAAACGAAAAAGCCUAUCUUGAUAUGGUGGACUAACGGCCUGUUUCCUCAUCCGCCAGGAGAACAACUUGUCUCAAUUGACUGUGAAGGUUACCAGUGUCUUUCAACCAAUCACCGACAAUACCUUGCGGAUGAAAGAACACGCGGUAUCAUAUUUUAUGGAAGUGACAUCACUCCUGAUAAAUUGCCAUUGCCACGCAAAUCAACACAUGAAUGGGCACUGUUUCAUGAGGAAUCUCCUAUGAACAACUAUGUCCUGUCAAAGCAGACGUUUAUAUCGCUGUUUAACCAUACAGCCACAUUUAGUCGUGAAUCAGAUUACCAGGUGACAACUCAGAACAUCUAUUCUCUAAAAUUUCUGACAAAACGUAAACCGGUAUCUCUCGAUGUUAGAAAUGCUGAGAAGGCCAAACGAAACUUAGCUCCUGUGUUUUAUGCACAAUCACAUGCUGGGGUCCCAUCUGAUCGUGACAGUUAUGUAGAAGAAUUGAUGAAAUACAUAAAAGUUGACUCUUAUGGAACUUGUUUACACAACAAAGAUCUUCCUGAGCACUUAACAGACCCUGCAGAAAACUUUGAAAAUUUUGAAUUUCUUGAUUUUAUUUCUGUCUACAAGUUUCACCUGGCAUUUGAAAAUGCAGUUUGCAAGGAUUACAUGACGGAAAAACUAAUGAGACCGCUACAUGUUGGCUCCAUACCAAUUUAUUAUGGAUCACCUUACGCGCAAGAUUGGAUGCCAAAUAACUCGACUGUCAUAAUGGUGAAUGAUUUUGGAGGUCCAAAGGAAUUAGCAGAGUUUAUUACUUAUCUUGACAAUAAUGAUGAAGAAUAUGAAAAAUAUAUGCAAUUUAAAAAGCCUGGAGGUGUCACAAACCAAAAACUUUUGGAUCAUAUGGAGAAACGUCCUUGGGGAUCACACGAUCAUAACUUUCAUAUUUUUAAUGAAGACAAUAGGCCAGAUUACUUUCAAGGAUUUGAGUGCCACGUAUGUAAAAACAUUCACAAGAGGAUAGAAAAUGAGAAACAAAGAGAGUUUGAUACAUCUGUACCUCCACUGCCUCCGAAAAUGGCUAAUGAUUUACAUAUGGGAUGUCCAGAGCCAUUUUCCUCGCUUGGUUUGACUGUAGAAGAGUUAAAGGAUAGGUGGACGGAUACUGACUGGGUCCAAGUUUAUCGCACUCAAGAAAUGAUGGCUUCGGCAGUCUAUGACAUGAUAGCAGCAAAUGAAACAAACUCGGAGCAUUUCAUAAACUAUCUCAAUAAAUAUUUGAAAAAUAAGAAUGUUAGCUUAUAGCAAUUAGUGUAUGGUGUUUUUCAUCGGUUUGUUGAUCUGUUUCUUUAAUGAGAUUUUACAUGAUCAAAAUACUGGUGAAAGGCAUCAUACGGUAAAGAAAAUACGCUAUCCAUACAAACCUCUAUGAAUAUAAAUACCACAUCAAAAAGAUUACAUGCAUUAUAUUUUUUUUCAUAGAUUUCCUCAAGAAAGGAGUUUGAAAUGUAUCAAUUUUUCACUAUAAUUACAAGUUUUUUUAGGUAGUAGAAAUUAAAGAUUUAAACGAGGAUUUACAAUUUCCUAGUACUAAGUAAAAAGUAAAGGGGGGAUCUUAAUGUGGAAGGAAACCUAAGAACUCUGAGAAAACCCACAUGAUCAGGGCACAUGACCCCAUACCUUUUCAUGUCCAAUCAGGGAAUCUUGAUGAAAGACAAGUGCACUAUCCACAGCACUAACCAACCAUUCGGUCGUCGUUAUAUGCAACUAGUCGGCCAAUUAAUACACUCAAUUGUUCAUAACUGAGCUAUAUUAUGAUUGGAGACCCUGCAUUUAUAUUUUCAUGUAUUUGAUACCUAUUGCGCUGCUUAGGCCAAAACAAAAUAUAUGUAUGUUUUAGGUAUCUCGACCUACCCUGGAUUUUACUGCUGAUCCUAGAUAUUUUAUCACCUACAUUGUACUUCUAUCUAAGAUUAGUUUACUAGCCAGGCAAAGUUCACAGCCACUCAUUAAAAUGUAGUUUCUUCCUGUUCUGGGAGUCUGACAUUAUUCUUGACAAAUUAAUAGCCACUGAUAUGUGUAGAAAUAUAUUGUAAAAUUUGAAAGAAAGCAUAAUAUUAAUUGACGAUUUUUUAUUUUUUUUACAUUUAUAAAAAAAUUAUUUGCCUACUGGCUUUCUCUAAAAAAACAUUCAGGCAUGUUACCUGAAACAAAGAAUUUUUGGUCUGACCUGUUAGUAUCCAUAGAGUGAAGUUCCCCACAGAUUUGUCUACCUUCUUAUUGAUGUUGACUCUUUUAUAGCUAUACUUUAGUUAAAAUAUUGAUUAAAAUAAAAUGUUUUGAAACUGUUUUAAUUUUUAGCUCUUCUGAAUGUCAUGUUAAGUGAAUAUAUCUUCAAGAUAUAAUCAUUUUGUAACAGAUUAGUGCAAUGAUAAUUUGGUGCAAACACAGCAUAUGUGAUAGAAAACUCUAUAUACAGAAACUGCAGUAUGUGCAAUCAAAAUAUAGUGCCAUGAGUAAAGCCCAAAACACUUAAAAAAGAAUCAUUGCUAAUAUAUCUUACCUAUCAUAUAUCUAUUCUACCAUGUCAAAAUGUGAUGCCAAUGAGUUCAGUGCCUUUAACUCAUUCACCCCUGAAAUUUUAUAAUGAACUAUUCCAACCUUUGAAUUAGAAGAGUUCAAAUGUGUCUUCAGGGGUGAAUGAGUUAAGCAACAUGUAUAUAAAUAAUCCAAACAUAAGGCUAUUCUUGUGGGUCUUGUGAAAAUAUUUGUCAUGUUGAUAACCUGUGUUCAUACACGGAAUUAACCAUCUAAGUCGGUGGUUCAUAUCACCAACAAAACAUGCCCAGUUGAUGUCAUAGUUAUGGACGUUGCAGCCGGUGGUCCUGAUGGGCUAGUUUAACAUAGGCAUAUGUGGAAAUGAUCAGAUAAAAACAUGGGGACAUGUACCUUCCCUUGACAAAGCAACUCUUCAAGGGCCAGUCCAUCCUCGAUACUCCAGGGGCUACGCUCCGAGAGCAUCAGCGCAACCCCUGGAGUAUCGGGGAUGAGGCCAGUCACACAUUGGCUCAUUAUUAACAUUUACAAUUGGGGUGUGGAUGGGGAAGUGGGGUUGAGUUUUUGGAAGAGUGUUGCACAUUAUAAAACAUAUAUAUGUGCCUGAAACUUAAUUAUUAAUCAACAAAAUAUUUUAUUCCAUAAGUGGUAACAUUUCUAUUUAACAAGUAAAUAAGUUGUUUCAAAAUAUCUCACAAAGUAGAUGAUGUUGUCAUUCAUAUAUUCAAUCACGGAUGACUGCAUUUGGUAUGACGAAACCUGGAGCGUGAAAUCCUGUUAAUUGUUUGUGAAGUUAUGUUUUUUGACUUAAUUGUAAUUUUUUUAUCGAGUCUGUGAUUUUCAACUAUGUGUAAUAUCAGCACCCUCAUAAAAUAUAUUUAACUGAUCAAUCAAAAAUGGAAAACAAAAUUGAUUUUUUGUUACAAAUUUUAUUCAAAAUCAAAAGCUCUUUUUGAUAAUAUGUUAAAGAAGUUAAAGCUAUCUUGGUAUACUAGUAAAAGAUGUUUUACAGGAUCAUGAAUACAUUAAUGUAACAGUUUUAAUCAAUUGACAUGCACAGCUUAAGGAGAGUGAAGUUUGAUUUCAUAAUUUUGUGUGAACUCACUCACCCCUGAAAUUGGAUAAUGAACUAUUCCAUCCUUUGAAUUGGAAGAGUUCAAAUGUGUCUUCAGGGGUGAAUGAGUUAAUAAUGAAGAUGAUUUGAAAUGUGAAGCUUGUACUAUGUACAUGUAGAUUAUUUGUUACAGAAAGUUUGUCAAAUUUGAGCUGAAUUGUCUCUCCAUUAGCCAAUCCUUGUCUUAUUUACAUAUUGGAAAUGUUUUCCUGAUUUUUUUGGUGCAUGUUUUUUUUAGGUCACCUGAGCUUUGCUCAAGUGACCUAUUCUAAUCGCUU